AGCUCCCAAGACGCCGGAGAGAAUGAGUGUCCGUGCAGUGACGUCGCUGCUGCUCCUCGCGCUCGCCGCCCCGACCUCGGCCGACAUCGGAGGCGGCCUCGGGGGAAGGGAGGAGGUACGGCGGCGGCGGCGGCGGCGGCGGAGGCAAGAAGCACCAGGUGGUGAUCGCCCCCCCGCCGCCCCCGCCGCCCCGCAGCCGGCGCCCAUCAUCGUCGACGCCCAGCUGGUGCCCGGCCCGCGCCCCUGCCUGCCCAUCACCAAGCAGUUCACGCAGUACGAGACGGUCGACAACUACGUACCCAUCUACAGCACCUCCGUCAGUCCCAUCUACUUCCCCACCACCAUCUACGACACCAAGUACGUGACACUGACCAACUACGUCACCAAGCUGCUACAGACGACGGUCUACGCCGUCCACACGGAAUAUGAAACGUCGGUGUCGCAGGGCCUGAUCUACGAGUCGGUGACGCUGCCCCUGUCGAACCCCGAGUACGAGACGCGCACCAACAUCCAGCUGGCGGUCGUCCCGUCGCUCGUCACGGAGAUCGUCGCCGUGACCCGCCCGUCGUCCCAGGUCAUCCCCGUGGUCAAGACACAGACGCGGACGCUCGUGCUGGUGCCGGAAUACACCACGACGGAGGUGGUGCCGUACCCCAUCGUCACCACCAACACCAUCGUGGAGACGGUCCGCGUCCCGAUCACCACGACGGUGACGGUCACCGCGGCGCCGCUGCCCGUGCCCAAGAAGCCGGUGGGGCCCAAGGUCACCAAGACGCUCGUGCAGACCAACGUGCACUACACGCCGGCCUACGUCACCAACACGGAGUACGUGACCAGGUACACCACCGUGACGGAGAGGCAGAGGUACCCCUUCACCGUCGCCGUGCCGGGGAAGUGCGGGUACCACUAGCGGCGGUGAAGUGCGGAGGCGGUCCUGCGACGCCGUGCCGAUCUUCCUUCCGUUCGCCUCCGGCUGCAGCAUCCGCCCGGCUGAGCGGCGUUCAGGGAAUGCACGCUGGUCCAACACGCGGAAUGCACACUCUCACACAUAAACGAGCAAGCACACAGACAUAAACACGUGAUUCACUUCAUUCAUCCAAAGUGUCCCAACGGACCAGUAAGGGAAGUUGCGCCGGUAAAAAGUCAGACUGUAUGUAUGGGUGGUACACAUGUAUAUAUUUUGAUGUGUGCGUCAUAUAUGUUACUACAUGGUGUUUAUAUUUCAGUGAAUGAAGUGAAAUUAUAUGAUAUGCUUAGGUAAUCUCAUCUGCUUCGUGUUCAUUUUUAUACAAUCUAAAAAGUAUGUUUGUUUUGAAAUGAUAAUCGUUGAAAUAAAUGUUGUUGUAUA